UUUGCAAACAGGGCAAUGGCUCUAGGCUCUCAGAGAUCCUCUCUCACCUUUCUCCAGGGUGUGGGAUCUGUCUUCUUCAUUCUUCAGAUCAUCUCUGUUCAGGCUGAUGGGAAAGUGUUUGCACUUGAGUCCAAGAACAACUCUCAGGGUCUGGAUUUAGCUGAAGCUGAGAAAGCUUGUGUUGACCUGAGCGCUCGCUUAGCAACUGCAGAAGAACUGAAAAGGGCUGUUAAGGACUGUUCUUUUGCUGGCUGCACCACGGGAUGGCUCGCCAGUGGCUCCGCCGGGACAAUUAUAUGCAGAAAGACGGGCAGCAAACAGCAGAGCGUGAAAGCCAUUGACGUUAAAAUUGAAACCGAUCCCUUUGUGAAUGACCCAUAUGGUGCUUUUUGUGUAAAGGAUGAAGACAAGCCCUGUGGGGACCCACCAUCUUUCCCCCACACCAUCCUGCAUGGUCACACUGGCUUUGAAAUGGGGGAUGAGCUGCUGUAUGUUUGUGCCCAGGGGUACAUCAUGGGCAACAAGGAGACAGCGUUCACGCUACUCUGUGACAGCUGCGGAGAGUGGUACGGGCAGGUCCAGGCCUGUGUCAAAGAUGAAACCGAGGCACACAUUGACUAUGAAGAUAACUUUCCUGAUGACAGAUCAAUACCUGUUGUUGAGAAUGAACAUAAAAAUGGCAAGGAAGAAACUGAGCAGGAGCAAGAACAGCUUUCGUUCAGUAAAAGUUCAGAGGAAGGAAGAACUGGAAGCACUCAGGACAGAGACACUUCUGAAAAAGGAAGCAGGACACCAACUGAGUCCCCCGUGUCACUUCUAAGCCAAAAAAACUUGUUUUGGUUUCCAUCAGAAACUUUCAGUGAACCUGAAUUGGAGAAAGAGACAGAUGAUUCUACUAAAGCACAGUUUCCUGAAGGUGAUAACCACAUUGGAGGGAAGACAGUCUAUGAUGAACCUGGUGCCAAAAUGUUUUAUGACAGUGAGGAUUUCCCCAUUGGACCCAUUCUCACAGCUAAUGAUACAAAGACAGUGAUAGAUGAAGUUGCCAUUACUGAUGAAUCAUGGUUAGAUGGUUAUGCAGUAACACAAGAGGUGGUAGAGGAGGAAGUAGAGGAAGAGGAGGGUGAUAAAGUUGAUAGUUCAAUGGGAACAGAAGACGACAUCAUCCUCACGACUGAUCAACCAAAUCAUGUUGAAGUAAGAAAAUCAGGAAAUGGCAGCCCAGCUCCAGAGGAAGGUUUAACACAGAUUGUGGCAGCAACAACAAGGAUAGAUGAUGAAGGGGCUAAAGAAACACCAGCAUCACUUACAUCAGCAAGUGGUCUGGAGAACUUUAGUGUGAGCAGAGGUUAUGAUGAUGCCGCAGGGGAACAUCCAGAUGCAUCUCUGGAAACUGUGACUCAGGAGCCCAGUACAACAAUACUCUUUGACAUAACCAACUUAAAAACAUCCAUGUCAGAAACCUCUGUGAUGGUCAGCCCCUCCGAUUACACUCCACACACAGAACCAAAAGAAACAACCACCUACUCAGAACAAGUAGCAACCACUGCACCAGCUCCAGACAUCUUUACUGACACAGCGUCCCAGGAAUUAGCUGAGCAAGAAAAUCUCACCCAGGGUGUUGGAGAAAAGCCUGUUCCCACUUCCGAGCCCUGUGAGGGAGAGGAUUGUCCCAAGUCCAGUAAAGGUGCUAUCAUAGCAGUAAUUGUGAUUCUUCUCUGCUUGUUACUGGCUGCAGCUCUACUUGCAGCGUGGUUUUUCAAAAAACGGCAGCAGAAAAAUUCUGUCUAUAAAUUAAAUGGGAGGUGUCAACCCAGACAUCAUUGCUACCACCACUACCAUCACCAGCACAUCGAAAUGCAGAAAGUCUAGCCAGGGCCUGUUUGGUAGAGAUGCUAGAGAUCAG